GGCACGGGCACGGGCACGGGCACGGGACUGGACGGGAGCGGGCGCGGGCAUCGGCACCGGGACGGGAGCGGAGGCGGGGAACGAAGAGGGGCGGCAGGUCAUUUGGAAGUCGCUGUUCUCGGAACUGAAAAUGCCGGGUGGGAUUACAGAAACGGGGGAGUUGUACUCUCCAUAUGUGGGGCUCGUUUACAUGUUUAACUUGAUCGUUGGGACGGGAGCACUGACAAUGCCACAGGCGUUUGCUGUUUCUGGCUGGGCCGUGAGCCUUGCCCUCCUUACCUUCUUGGCAUUUAUGAGCUAUAUGACCACAACUUUUGUCAUUGAGGCCAUGGCAGCAGCAAAUGCACAUUUACGUUGGAAGAAGAGGGAGAGACAACAAAUAGUGGAUGAUAGUGAUGCCUCUUCAGACUCCUAUGACGAGGAUGCUAGGAGUGAGGUUGGACUGCUGGACGGUCCUGAACGGUCAGAGACGAGGCCUAUUCUCUCAGUGCAAAGAGCCAACACUUACAAUGCUUUUGACAUUGCGGAGCGAAUAGAAAUGGGUCAAAUGGCUUCCAUGUUCUUCAAUAAAGUGGGAGUCAACAUGUUCUACAUCUGCAUCAUAAUCUACCUCUAUGGGGACCUGGCUAUCUACGCAGCUGCUGUCCCAUAUUCCCUCACAGAAGUUGUCUGUGGUAAUCUGUCAUGCAGUGCUGUCAGCAAGGUAAAGCCCAACGAUACAGACCCAUGCUGGGGAUCGAUUAAACGCAUCGAUGCCUACAGGAUCUUCUUGACAGCGUUUUCAUUGCUUCUUGGGCCAUUCACCUUCUUCAAUGUGCAGAAGACCAAAUAUCUCCAGAUUAUCACCUCCCUGAUGAGAUGGAUAGCUUUUACAAUCAUGAUCAUCCUGGCUUUGAUCAGGAUAAGUAAAGGGAGAGGAGAGGGUCAUCCACAGAUUGCCAACUUCUCCGGAAUCCCCAACUUGUUUGGUGUCUGCGUCUAUUCUUUCAUGUGUCAACAUUCCCUGCCCUCCCUCAUCACCCCCAUCAGUAAGAAGAAGCACAUGAACACAUUGGUCCUGGUCGAUUAUGUGCUCAUCCUGGCCUUCUACAGCUUACUGUCUUUCACGGCCAUCUUCUGCUUCAGUAACCUGAAGGACAUGUACACUCUCAACUUCACAAGCAACUGUGAUGUUGUCAGUGUGCCCUUUAUCCGCUACUUCUUAGGGCUUUUCCCAGUUUUCACAAUCAGCACAAACUUCCCGAUAAUUGCAGUUACCUUGCGUAAUAACUGGAAGACCGUCUUUCACAGAGAAGGGGGAAUGUAUCCGUGGCUCAUUGACCGGAUUGUCUUUCCCCUGAUCACCAUUAUUCCCGCUAUCCUAGUGGCGUUCUGCACCCAUGACCUGGAGACUCUGGUGGGCAUUACUGGUUCUUAUGCGGGCACAGGCAUUCAGUAUAUCAUUCCCGCCUGUUUGGUUCACUUCAGCAGAAAGGACACUGAACUGGUGUUCGGAAGUCACGCUCAAAAUAAGCACAGCUCACCAUUCAAGCACACUUUCUGGGUGGUAUUUGUACUGGUGUGGUCAAUGUCGUGCUUCAUAUUUGUAACGGCCAACAUUGUACUGACGGAAACUAAGCACUGAGCAUCGACACUGCCUGAAAGGACACCUGCCUUGUCUAUCAGACUUGAAAGCCCUAAUUCCUUCACUGUGACUAAAAGUGAAGAUUUUGCAGGUCACUACAUCAUGCUAGUCGGUUGCUGUUUUGCAAACAUGUAAAUCUUCAUUCCUCUCCCCAGGGUACUGAUCGGUUUACUUUUGGCAGAAAAUGGUGUUUAAUUUGGGCAGUUUAUAAAUUAAAUGAGCAGCUUCUUGCAAAAGGAAUCAUGUACAUUAUUAACCCUAGAGUGAUUCACCACCGUUCCGGCUUUGAAUGUUUAUCAGUGACUGUUCUUGUUGAGGAAUGUUCUUGUGAACCAAGACAAAUUCCUUGUGGUUUACAAUUAUUGGUGAUGAUUAAACAAGAUGGCUGCAGACAAAACAGCCAUACACCUCAGCUGUAAAAUGUAAAGCAUUUGGUGCAGUUCUGUGGGAUAAAGCAGCUUUAAUCUGAAGUGACAACAUUGUUGCUGGAUAUAACCUGGCACUUUUUAACCUGCCCAGUGCUGAUUUGGAUGUAAAGGGCAGAUGUUUUCCAAAGAAUGUACAGACUCUGGCAUCCCUUGGCUGCUGAUUUGCCAGGUGUAGAGGUACAACUCUACAUAUCCAGUUUGAGUCUGCUUUCUUACCCUUAACAACCCAGAAUUCCACCCCCUGCCCCGCCCAACAUAACUCCCUGUUCCCAAUAAUUCACUGUUCAACUUUCCUCCAGUGCCUUGUAUUCUGUCUGUGAGGAAACGUGCUUUGGUUCCUCAGACCAUUCUGUUGUGCCUAUUUUUCAACCCUCUCCACUUGGAGAGACAGGGAUGGGAUGGUGACUGCUCAAACUGCCGGACAGUGCAGGCAGACUGGUUUACCACCCAAUCACAAGCCUCCGCUUCGAGCUGGAUUUUUGUCGCAGCCUUCACUCCGUUGCACACCCCAGAAUGCAUCAUGUUUUGCGUGGGAAGAAUUUAAAACAAAAAGCUAUGAAUUUUGCAGGAGAAGGUGGUUUUGUGUUUCAGCACUCAAUACCAAUGUAUAGUUAUGUAUCCCUUAUUCUAAUUGUACAGUAAAGUA